UAUGCAAGCUAAUCCUAAAUGUGCUUAGCCUGAAGCCUAAUAUUUAGAUAAUUAUGACAAUUUUGAAGAAGUUACAACAACUUUUAAGUGUCUCUAAAAAAUCAAUUAGCCACUUGAACCUGAGGCUACAUUUUUUUUGAUACGUGCUCCUACAAAAGAUAAUGUUCAUCGAGCAAUUAAAUAUGGUAUAUGGACUAGGUAUAAAAAUCAAUAUGAAAAUAGCUCAAGUCGAAAUAAUAAAAAACUAAAUGAUGCUCCUCGUCCUGUUUACUUAUUAUUUAAUGUUACCCAAACUUCACAUUUUAUUGGAUUGGCUAAAAUUAUUACUGAAUUUAGGGAUAAAAUGCAUUUCAAGUAUUGGGCUGAAGAAAAUAAAUGGUUUGGAUCAUUUUAAAUUGAAUGGGUAUUAAUUCUAAACAUUAAAGGUUUUCUUAAAAGAUUUACCAUAUAACGAACUUAGUAAGAUAUAACAAUCUUGUGGCAAGUGUAUUCAUGAACUCAUAGAUUGUACUCAAAUUGAAAAUGCUGAAUCAAUAUAUAGUUCAUUUUAAUAAUAACCACAAAAAAGCUGUAUGCUUAAAAGUUUCAAGGAAUUAGAUAUUUCUGAAGUAUUAAAUUAUUUAAGGAUUUAAGAAAAGGAAGAGAAAUGAAAGAGAUACAAAUCCAAAUUUUGAUAUCUAAUUUUAAGAACACAUCUCCGUUUUUGAAUAAAUGCCUUUCUCUUUCUCUGUUUCUUCUUACUAAAGAAGAAAAUAAUAAUAAUUUCAAAAUUAGUAAUUCUAAUAAUUCUAAUAUUAUUAUUAAAGUCCUUGGUAUGGUGUAGGUAUAUCUUAAAUCAAUAAUCCUAGCAUAACCUAAUUUUUGGAAUGCUCAGUCCUAAACUUAUCCUCAAUAAGAACAAUUAUAAUCACAGAAAGUAUCAAAUAAUAAUGCAGGAUUUUAUUAAACUUAAAAUUAUAAUAGACCUCAUACUUAAAAUAUUCAACAAACUAAACAUUUAUAAAAAAAAUAACUCAUUUAUAACAAAAAUUCUAAUUAAGAGAGUCCAAAAAAAAAAUGA